CCACGCCAUCCCCAGACCCUAAUAGAGCCGUGGACUACCCAGGGGAGGGGGGCGCCCCGAGAACGUAUGGGCGGAGGGGUCGGGGCGUCCGGAGGGCAGUGACCCAGGCACCCGGAGCGGCCCUAGGGGCAGGUCCUCAGCGGCCGCGGCGAAGCAGGCGGCGGCGGACACCCAAGCGCAGCCCCGGGGCCCCACGCGGCGGUCGGCGGCGACAGCGACAGUGGCAAAGGAGCGCGCGAGUGGGCGCCGGAGGGUACCCGGAGAGCGCCUAGCCCGGAGCGCGCCUUUUGGAACCGCGCGUGGGUGCCGGCCACGCAGGGCGCCAGACCUCUGCCGAUUGAACGAGAGCUCACACUGCAAUUGAUUGGGCCCCGCCGGGAGGGCGCGUGUGUCCCAGGGAGCGGGUGCGGAAGGCAGAAGGGCAGGAAGUCGGCGUUCUGCAGCGAGGGUGGCGCGACCGCGCGGGGACCGAGCCUUCCUUAUUUAUGUGCCUGCCAGCGCUCGUCUGCUUCCUCCGAAGACUUCAGGGAGACUGUCUGACCUACCAUCCCCAAGUGUGAGGACGCAGGGCUGAAUGUUAGAACAACAUGCUUAUCCAUUAAACUGCAAACUUUUCUUUUUUUAAACUCAAAGAAUAUCGGUGGCUUUUGCCCACUGUUAGAAGAGGGAGCCCAGGGCUCUUGAGAUGCAGCAGAAUCCGUAUUUAUAAUCAGGUCUGAUAGUGCUAUGCAAGCCCCCUCCACUCAGUAAGUUCUCUAUCCUAUGGAUCUCGCUUUUGAGCUUUGAGAUUAGAUCGCGCGCUCUACGCUAGGUCCUGCAACCUCCAUCCUUUCAAUGCCCUGUUAUUUUUGGGACUGCUGGUCUUUCCUGGAGAUUAGAGCGGUCCUGUGUGCCAUGGGCUGUAUUCAGAGCAUCGGAGGCAAAGCCAGAGUCUUCCGGGAAGGAAUUACGGUGAUUGACGUGAAAGCCUCCAUCGACCCCAUCCCCACCAGCAUUGAUGAGUCCUCCAGCGUGGUACUGCGCUACCGGACACCCCAUUUCCGGGCUUCAGCCCAGGUGGUCAUGCCGCCCAUCCCCAAGAAGGAGACCUGGAUCGUUGGCUGGAUUCAGGCAUGCAGCCAUAUGGAGUUUUACAACCAGUAUGGGGAGCAGGGCAUGUCUAGCUGGGAGCUCCCUGAUCUCCAGGAGGGCAAAAUUGAAGCCAUCAGUGACUCGGAUGGAGUGAACUACCCGUGGUAUGGCAAUACCACCGAGACCUGCACAAUCGUGGGCCCCACCAAGAGAGACUCCAAGUUCAUCAUCAGCAUGAACGAUAACUUUUACCCCAGCGUCACGUGGGCCGUGCCCGUCAGCGAGAGCAACGUGGCCAAACUGACCAACAUCUACCGGGACCAGAGCUUCACCACGUGGCUGGUGGCCACCAACACCUCGACCAAUGACAUGAUCAUCCUCCAGACGCUCCACUGGCGUAUGCAGCUGAGCAUCGAGGUGAAUCCCAACCGGCCCCUGGGCCAGCGCGCCCGGCUGCGGGAGCCCAUCGCCCAGGACCAGCCGAAAAUCCUGAGCAAGAAUGAGCCCAUCCCGCCCAGCGCCCUGGUCAAGCCCAAUGCCAACGACGCUCAGGUCCUCAUGUGGCGGCCCAAGUACGGGCAGCCGCUGGUGGUGAUCCCACCCAAGCACCGGUAACAGCCAGGCCGCUGCGAGGUGAGACUCACGGAACAAUAUUACUACUCAGAAGGAAACCCAGAUGCCCUCUCUGGUCAUUCAGAAAAAUACAACCAUUCUACCUUCUCCAGGGGCGGAUCUCACUGUGCUAAUCCCCGCUGGCCUCCUGGCUCUCCCACCUGCUUCCCUGCAGGACACACAGGUGUCCCCCCCCCCAUCACCUCUGAUCUUCUCUCCUCCCCUCCCAAUCAGUUCAUUGCAGCCGACUUUCUGAAACACUGCUUUUUGUUCUUUCUGUCUCUCUCUCUCUCUCUCUCUCUCUCUCUCUCUCUCUCUCUCUCUCUCUCUCUCUCUCUCUCUCUCUAUGGGAUUCAGGGGCAGGGGAGGAGGCUGACGGUGAGGCGACCCAGCCUGCCCCUCCCGCCUCCCCUCUGUCUGUCUUCUGCCAUGCGGCCUUAUGUAGACUUGCUUUGCCAAACUUUUGCCUUAAGCUGAAUUUAAAGAAGAGGAAAGGAAAGGUCCCGGGUCUCUUCCCUUCAGGGCCUGCCUUCUUCUGCCAGAGUUGGAAAGAGAGGCAGGCCUAGAGGAAGGCGCACCUGAGCCCACUCUUCCUGGGCGUCUGGGUGAGGGACAAGAGUGGGGGUUCAGGUCUAAAGCCAGCUGUUUUAUUACAGACUCUGCCUGGAGCCCCUACUCUGCCCCAGUAGAACCUCUCCCUAGUAUCUGCCAGGGGUGCCAGCUGGGCACAGAUCCUUGACCCCUGCUCUCUCCUCAGUAGCCUUAACUCGCCUGGUGGGAUAUUCUGGGAGAAGGAAGGGACAGGUCCCAAAGUGUUAGGUCAGGGUUAGGAAACUUUCACCUUUGCUAACUCUAGAACCCGCCCCUUCCAUUUACCUUGGUCCCAAAUGCCUGGCAGGGUGGGCUGGGGUGGGGGCAUUGUCCCCGAAUCCUGAUAAGUCUGAGCUGUUCUAAGGGAAAGAAGGUGUAUCCUUCCCUCCUGACCUGCAUUGCCACACUUGAAUCCAGGGUCCCGGUGUCCCAGGCUGCCCAUCCUCACCUCAGGCUGCCCAUUCGCUAGCACACUGUAAAGAAGCCAAUGACGCGGCUUCUGGCUCAUUCUCAGGGGAAGCAGCUCCCAGACUCUCUGGGGGUGGGCUGUAGAUAAGCUCUAAGCACCAGCUGGAGGGUGCUUGGGCCCCCUCCUCUCCCCAUCAUAGGUGCUCCUGGGGUGGGGAGGUCUGGGGAGCAGUCGGCUGACUCCCUGUUUCUUGUCUGAAGAAGGAAGCCCCGGCCCAGGGCUGGAGAGUCCCACGCUUGGGCAAUGUCAGGUCACUGUGAAACUGGUUUGACACAUCGGCCCGUCCUGGGGUCUUCCUUCUGGAGUCCUAGAACUUGGCCUUGAGUGAUGCCAAGGUGUCUAGAAAUGUCUGCUUUGAGCCGCUUGAGGGACAUUCCUUUAAGCGUGCCAACAGCUGCAUCACUGGAUUCCAGCCAGUAAUAAGCACAGAAAACCGUCACACAUGGAAAACAAUGGUUCUGCUGCUGCUGAGCCACUGGUGAGGGGUCCUGGUGACAGCGUGGGAGGGCACGGCUAGACCCAGCUCUGUUCCUACACAUGUGACGUAUUUCCUCUAGGGGUGCUUAAUGUCCCGUCAUUCUCAGGCCACUAGAGCUGGGGGCUGCACUCACCUGGAGUCCAGUGAGCACCUCCCCUGGGACCUUCCCUUUGCAUGUGUGGAGGCUGUCGCCUUAGCCGGUAGAGCAUGGGGUCCCCACCCUGCUCUAGGAUAGGACUGGCCGUUGGCUAGAAAGGCUCCUUCUGCUUUCAGGACUGAAGAAAGAAGAUGGGCCCUGGUGAGGGUGGAGGCGAGCCCUUGUCCUGAGCUGGGGGGUUACUAAGGGUGUCUUCCUGGACAUGGGGACUCCCAAAACCACGUUUCUUGAGAUCCCUCCCCCUGCAUGCCUGGCUUUGCCCAGCUGGCUUCUCUGACUCUCCUUCCUCUCUACCCUCCUGCCUGACCCAAGACAGGGCUGAGGAGACUCCAGAGAGGCUCUGUGGGUCUGGCCGAGAACACCCAGCUUCUCUUGGGCUGGUUUCCUCAUGUUGUUGACAGACCCCAGGCUUUCUGGGGUCCUGAGCCCUCUACCGCUGUCCCUCACACCCAUGCCUCCCCAGGCGUGGACACUCACUUUUUCCAGCAAUAAGCACCAACUGUCCUUGGUCAUGGAGAUAUACUGUGAACACAGCCCAUGCGUGCACUUACCAGCAGGCGCGAGACUCUUGAAGACAAUGUCAAAUGAACCUUUUUUUAAAGUUUAAAAUAAAAGAUAUAAAG